UGAUUGAUAAUAAUCAUCAUAUACUAAGUCAUGAUUCAUAAAAUAAAAAAAUUGUGUAUUUGGACGUUUUAACUUAAUAUUGACAUCAUCUUUUAAUUACGAUUUAGUAUGGCUUUUCAUACAAACAAGAAAACCGAGACCACGCCCCUUGAGCGCUUGCCAAUCUUUCAUUCACUCGUCCCAGGUAUGACGCGUUUGUGUAUGUACUACAGUAUCUGCUGUCAUGUUUGACGUCUCUCCUUUUCAUGACUAAUACUGUAUAUACAACCUUGAGUUUCCUUUUCUCUCCCACUUCUGCGUCAGCGAAUUUAUGAUCCUGAGGUUUUCUUGGGUGCGACUUUCAAUCGUCUACGCUUAGCAACUUUCAGUUUGUCUGUCAAAAUGCAACUCUUAUUUGUUUACCCUUUUUUACUAGCUUAGAAAUAUGGGUUUCUAGUUGAGUUUUUAUUUGAAAGUUUUCCCAUUGGAGUAAUUGUUUUACCUGUUAAAAUGCUGUGUGAGGAGUUGGCUGCUUUGGCGCUGGAGGAUGAAGUGGAAUAUAUGGACACAUCUGAGACUCCUUGGUACUGGUACUACAAGGCAAAGUGUGGUGUCUGGCACAGGGUUGAGGAUGACCCAAAGAGUUUUAUGUCCAGUGAUGAUCUGGAGAGAUAUUACCACAGAAACCCACAAGGUGUUAUAAUCAUGAAUACUGCUGGAGGUGAGAUCCAGAUUAACUUUGCAGCAAGCACACAAAUUCAUUUAAAAACUGGGAAAGAAAAACGGAUUAAACGCUCAUUUCAGACUGACACUGGAUUCAGAUGCAAAUGUGAUGAGAUUUCGCAAUCUCCACCAGCACACUGGAAUGAUUUUGACUCCGAAACGCCUUAUCAGAUAUUCUCUCUGAGAAAAGAUAGCAGUGAAUAUCAGAUAGUGGAGAGAUUUGUCAGGGGUGAUGGCUUACUGCAUGAUCCCAUCAUAUCCAUCAAAAGAAUACAGAACCUGGACCUUUGGGAACUGUUUUGUAGGAAAAAAGUCCAGUUGAUGAGGAUAAGAGGACAAUCGGAUAUUAAAGAGCAAAUGCUGUUUCAUGGCACAGAUGCAAAAAACGUGCACUCUAUUUGCACAUUUAAUUUUAACUGCAGACUAUCAGAAAAGAAAAGAAAGGCACACGUAUAUGGCAAAGGAACAUACUUUGCAAAACAUGCAUCCCAUGCUAUUAAAUACAGUAACACCAGGCAGGGAACCAAAGUCUUGCUGCUUGCCCGUGUUAUUGUUGGGAAGUACAAAAGAGGCCAUAGUGAUGACUGUACACCUAAUGAUGACCAGGAUGAAAACAUACAUGAUAGUUGUGUAGAUGACGCCCUCUAUCCAAAGAUUUUUGUUAUCUUUGAUUCCAAUCAGAUAUAUCCAGAAAUCAUUUCAAAAUAAGAAUUCAUACAAGUUGAGAUCAGAGAAUUGAUCACCAAAGGAUCAUUAUGGGAGUUGGAACUCAACAGACACGUAUCCCAAAAAAACCCAUAAAGGUGGCAUGUUAAAACUAAACACAAUACUUUGUGUCGCUACAGUAUACAUGGACUUCAUUAUUUGCCUCAUGAUGUGAAAACGGGGCCCUUCUAAAUAAAGAUUCAAUAAAUAUAUCUAUUUCUUAGCAA